AUGGCUCUACCUGCAGUAGAGGAUUUGAGUGGGAGCGAAAAUGAGUUUUGUGGUGUAUCUGAGUCUGAGGCAGGCUCAGACGCCUCUCAACUUCCACUGGUGGGGGUAGGGAAGCGGAAGCGCCCGGCUCUGGAUGAUGAGAUUUCUGUGCGCAGACUGUUGGGUAGACAAUGCCUCUGUAGCAAGUGGAACUGUUUUCAGAAAUUUAGCAGGGAAGAGGACUUUCAGAAACUGUUGGCCUUCCGGAAACAGUGGGCAAAUUUGCACAAACUUGAUCAAGACAAGGUGGUCUUUGAAAUUUUGCGGGAACGAUGUGGAAGGCAAGGCGAUCCGUGGGAAUUGCUGGACACCACUGUGUGCCUUAAAGCCUGGAAGGUUCUGCGUGGGAUUGGAUCACGACGGUUCUCCCGGAUGAAGUCCGCCAUCCAACAGGGAAAGACUUCCCCGCCAGUGGAUUUGCGAUACCUGAAGAAACCUAAAUCUUUGGACCAGUCGCAGAGAGCAAGCGUUGUAAGUUUCCUUGGUCACUUAUACAACAGUGUCGCAGAAACACUUCCAGACUUCCGGGAUGACAUUGAAAAUGCUGACGUGGAGGUCCAGGUUGUUGGAUUGAAACCACCUGAAGAUGACAGUGAGCGAGACCCAUAUGGUGAUUUCAUACAGCAAGAACAAGACCCCAGCACAAAGCUUUCCGAAAAACCUUCUCUGCAGCGGCCUGCCAAGGCGAAACAAUCUAAAGAACGGAAAAUGCGCGGUUCCAUUGAGAUGAAUGUAGCACGCAAGCCAGAGGCUGCCGGAAAGGAGGUGUGGCUGCAAGACUUUGCAUUCCUCAAGUUCAGGCCCAACCGGAGCCAUCCUGAAUGUGGCGUUUGCGUCAAGAUGAAGCUUUGGAUCAAGCAGUUGGGUGACCACUUGAACGCCAGGAAGGCACAACUAGAGGCCUAUCACAAGCACUUACACCACCAAUACCUUGACCGAAUGUCCUACUGGGAGUCCCGUGGCUCCAGCAGAGGGCAUGGCAAGAGUAUCGUUGCCAUAAUUGAUGGCAUGGACCAGGCAAAGUUCGCAUACCCACGACAUCUUUCUUUGAAGAGUAAGGAGUUUCAGCGGCUGAUGCGGCCGCGGGCACACGUAAUCGGUGCCUUGGUCCAUGGAUACAUGAUCGGCUUCGGAGUAACAGAGCCGAAUCUUCCUAAAGAUUCGUCAACCCACGUUGAGAUGGUGGCUCACCUUUUAACGAAAUUGGCAGAGCAAGGUGUUUGCUUGAGGGAGGUGUCGUUCACUUUGCAGUGCGAUAACACUGCGCGGGAGUGCAAGAAUUCAAUCAUGAUGGCAUUUCUUGCAUCAUGCGUCAGCAAAGGAAUCCUGAGAGAAGCGACCUUGUCCAGUCUUCGUACUGGGCACAGCCACGAAGAUGUGGACCAAGUCUUUGGGAGAUUAGCAGCUUUCAUGGUUCCCCACACCGCUCAAUCUCCUCGAGACUUUGUAGACAUCAUUCAAGCCUUCCUCCAACAGGCCGACUUUCCUUUUGAGCCUCCUGCCCACCGGCGUGCCUUCAAGAUAGAUCAAACACGGGAUUGGUCGAUUGAUUUUGACUUGAUUAAUAGUUUUGUUGCCCCGCUUUCCUUGCUUGCUCGUGUCUACGGGGUGGGUUUAAAAUUUGACUUGCGUGGGUCUUUACUACGCAGCCAAGGAAAACCUUCUUGCAAGCGGCUGUUCCUGUCCAUUUGA